CCGGCAAAACAUUUCAUAUCAGUGACCAUAUCAGUCCCUCUGUGAUGACCUGGCUAGAUGCUCAGAGCUACUGCAGAGAUAAUCACACUGACCUGAUCAGUGGAGUCAAACAGCUGAAAGACUUCAAGACACAGUACCCAAAUGAUGUAAACCGAAUUUUCUGGAUCGGCCUGUUCAGAGACUGCUGGAGUUGGUCAGAUGGGAGCAGUUUCUCUUUCAGAUCCUGGGAUGAACAUGAACCUGAUGAUGAACCUGAGAAGACAUGUGCUAUGACUACGUCAGAUGGAAAAUGGAGAUCUGAUGACUGUAAUGAAACCAAACCCUUCUUCUGCUACAACGAUUCAGUGAUCCUGAUCAAGAAGAACAUGAUCUGGGAGGAAGCGUUAUACUACUGCAGAGAUCACUAUCGUGAUCUUGUCUCCAUCACCAACCAGGACGAGCAGCUCUGGGUCCAGGAGAGAGCCAAGAUGGCCUCCACUCCCUACGUGUGGCUGGGACUGCGCUACACCUGCACUCUGGACUUCUGGUUCUGGGUCAGUAACAAGACGGUCCUCUACACCAACUGGGGCCCCGGCCAGUCUGGGGACGACUGCAACAUGUCUGGAGCCAUGGACAGAGAGGGAACGUGGGUCAAAAAGAUCGACGAUGACCACCAGCUUAAUUUCAUCUGUUCUAAGUAAAAACCAGCAGAAUGAAACUAAGUACAUUUACACAAGUACUGUACUUAAGUAAUAAUGCUGUUGAGAUGAGGAACUUUACUCAUAUAUCAAAGUUAAUAUUUUGUGAAAA